UUCGGUGGGUCGGAGAUGACGGAGCCGGGCGCCUCUCCGGAGGACCCCUGGGUCAAGGCAAGCCCCGUGGGCGCGCACGCCGGCGAGGGGAGGGCGGGUCGGGCUCGAGCACGUAGGGGGUCUGGAAGACUAGGGGACUCCCUGCAGUCCCCAGAGCUACCCCCGCUCCUCGGGCCCUGGGGCUGCAGAGAAGACAGCUCUCACCCUGUGUGUGCCAAGGUGGAGUAUGCCUACAGCGACAACAGUCUGGACCCUGGGCUUUUUGUAGACAGCACCCGCAAGGGGAGUGUAGUGUCCAGAGCUAAUAGCAUCGGUUCCACCAGUGCCUCUUCAGUCCCCAACACAGAUGACGAGGACAGCGAUUACCACCAGGAAUCCUACAAGGAGUCCUACAAGGACCGGCGGCGGCGAGCACACACUCAGGCCGAGCAGAAGAGGAGGGACGCCAUUAAGAGAGGCUAUGAUGACCUACAGACCAUCGUCCCCACAUGCCAGCAGCAGGACUUCGCCAUUGGCUCCCCCAAACUCAGCAAAGCCAUCGUGCUGCAGAAGACCAUUGACUACAUCCAGUUUUUGCACAAGGAGAAGAAAAAGCAGGAGGAGGAGGUAUCCACGCUCCGCAAGGAUGUCAUGGCCCUAAAGAUCAUGAAAGUGAACUAUGAGCAGAUCGUGAAGGCGCACCAGGACAACCCCCAUGAGGGGGAGGACCAGGUCUCGGACCAGGUCAAGUUCAACGUGUUUCAAGGCAUCAUGGACUCCCUCUUCCAGUCCUUCAAUGCCUCCAUCUCCGUGGCCAGCUUCCAGGAGCUGUCAGCCUGUGUCUUCAGCUGGAUUGAGGAGCACUGUAAGCCUCAGACCCUACGGGAAAUUGUGAUUGGCGUCCUGCACCAACUGAAGAACCAGCUUUACUGACCAACUCUUGGAACCUGCAGAACAGCCAGCAAGAGGCUUUGAGUCUCCUACUUGGCCACGGAGCCACUGGGCUUGUGAGAGUGGACUGUGACACUGCACGCCAGUCAGCUGCUUUCUCCUCGGUGUUUGCCUCCCCAGCUUCCUCCAUGCCCCCCAACUCCCCCACCUUCAUUGGGUUGGGGGGAGUAUUAUGAGAGCUUUAAUUUAUUUUAUUUGACCAUAGAUCUCAAACCUACCUAGUCUUUCCCCCUCCCAUAUAAGUCCUCAGGAUAGAGGUCUGCUCUUGGCACCCUAAAGAGCUCCUGGCCUCUCCCCUUUUUUGAAGCCUCGAAUUCCUGCUCAUAUUUGGUAACUACUAUUUGCCUGUUUUGGUGUCUCUGGCAACACUGAGCCAGUGCGGCCAUGUGGCAGUAGUUGGAUGGGAAGAAAGGAGUAAGAGGAAGUACUCCCACAGCCAUGAGGGGUGGAAGGCAGCCUCAUGCCUAGGCUAGGGCUGCCUGGUCAGUCCAAGGUGAAGCCAGAGCUUUUUCUGGCCAACUCAGGGCAGGGCUGCCAGGUUCCUGCCCUUGCCCCCUACUCCACUGCCUCCCUGCUCUGGGUGGGAGAGGGAAGCCACCUCCCCACCCUCUCCUGCCCUCUGUGCAGGGCACAGCAGAGUCAAGUGUGACACGACACUACAUAUUCAAAGUGUUUAAUUUUUCUAAAUAAUGCAGUUUUGCUUAAGUUACAAUUUUGGAGAAUUAACUGGCCUCCAGACUACUUGUAACCUUUCUGUCAAGUGUAUCUGGCUCUCUACCAUCUCAGUGCUUCCUACAUUUCUCCCAGGACUUGGGGUGGGGUGAAGGUGGGUAGAGGAGAUUCUUUAAAGGCCUUCUGAUUUGUAGAGCCCAGGAGAAUCCUGGGUAAGGCCCUGGGCUUCUUGAAUGCUGUGUAUGGCAGCCUCUCUCUGCCCUUGUUCCCCAAGCUCCCUUUUGCCUUCCUCAGGUUUGAUAUUUGGGAGGUGUGAUUAUCCAGAGGAAAUGAAAUAUUUUUAUAUCAAAUGAUAUUACAAUAAAUAUUGCCAAAUGCUGUCCUUUA